AUGAAUCGUAACUUUUUUCAACCUCAAAUCAAUCGUCCAGGUCAGCAAAAUCAAAAUCAAUAUCAAUAUAAUAGACAACCUAUUCAAUCUACAGCUUUGGCGCCAAUUGCGAUAAAUUUGACAACAACAAAAACAGAAAUUCCUGCAGUAUUACCACGAGUACCACAUGCAACUGUUAUGGAUCCAUCUUCUUUCAUGCAAAGAGUUGCAAGUGUUGAUCAAGUUGUAGGAAACAUUUCGACCGCAAUUUCUCAAUCAAUGGCAGUAUCUAGCGCACUCGAAGGGAGUAUGAUUCCACAAUUAAAUUCGCAAAUUAAUCAAUUACGAGCAGAUAUCGAACAUAUUUCAUCAGCCGAAGUAAUAACGGCUUCAAGAAAGCUCUUAGAAGCUUCAAAAGCUAACAGAGUUCUAGUUGAUCAAUCAGCACAACAAGUUUCAAACGAAAUCGGAAAUACGAGAGAAAGAAUUACUGAAGCAAAUUCUGCAAUUUCCCAAUUUACUCAGAUGUUCAAUGAGUUUUCUGCAACCACAAAAGCUACAUGUGUUACUGCUAAAGGCGAUCUUUCUCGUCAAAAACAAUCGGCUGAUGGUACAUUACAAAGAAUAGAAGCUUUAGUUGCUCGUGUUACAAAAAGUGCUGGAGAUACAUUGCAAUUAUCACGUCAUUUCGAACAAUCUGAUCAAGGAGCUAUGCAAUCUUUCGGAUCUUUACAAAACAGUAUGAACGGAACAUUAAAUUCAAUAUCAAGACAGUUAGGAGAUGAAGUUAGAAGCGAAAGUGAAGCACGUGUUGUAACAUCAAAUGCUUUGAGUUCUCAAGUUCAUGAAGUCAAUCAAAGAGCAACAAAUUCUAUAUCAGCAUUAAAUAACAUCAUUGGAGAAUUAACAAGAAACUUUUCUCAGUUACUUGGAGGAAUUUCCAGUUCGAUUUCAUCAGCAAUUGAUCAAACAGUUAAUGAUUGCGAAAGUUUGACAUCUGAUGUUUCACAAAGAUGUGAUCAAAUUUUAUCAGAAAGUGAAGCAAAUUUCGGAUCAAUAAGAACUGAAUUAAUUACAACAAUUUCUGAUAUAAAAGAAGGAACUGUUAAUGCAUUAAGUUUGUUGGAAUCAACAUUGAUGGACGAAUCGAAUGCAAGGAAAAAGAAUUCACAAGAAAUCAAAGAAAAAUAUCAGCAUUUCAUGGACGCGAUAAAGAAAGAAGGUGUUGUACAAAGGAAAGCAAUGGAAGAUAUGGCAAAUGAAGCCGAAUCAAGAGGAAGAACACAUAUUGCUAAUAUUGGAGAUGGCGUUGCGAAUAAUUUACGACCAAUGUUUGAAAAUGCAAAAAGAUUGGAAGAAAUUGACAGCCAAUUAACUCAACUUGAGGGAGUUAUGCAGAUAUUGACUGGCCAAUUCACACAAUCAAUCUCAAAUUUAGGUAAUAAUUUAACAGAUUUACAAAACAAAUAUAAAAUGAUGAAAGAAGAUAUUGAUACAGGAUUUAAAGAAUGUGAAUCCAAAUUAAACGUUGUUUCUGAUCCCAAACUAAAUGAAAAUGCUUGUUUGAGAGAAGAAAUGCAUAAGUUUAGUGGAAUUUUCGAUGCAGAUGUCGAUGGAAAAUUGGAUGAUAUUGAAAACCAAUUAUCGGUUAUCUUGGCAAAUAUCGCGGAAAUAACACUUGGAUAUCCUGUCAAACCUCCUCAGCCAAUACCUAACAAGAAACAUAAAACAACUAUUCCUACAUUCGAAUUCACAAAGCCAACAUUUAGUUCUUCUCAGCCUGUGAAAUUACCACCUCCUCCGCCACAAGAAAAUCAAACAGCUGUAAGAACAUUAUCAAUGACAACUGCUCCUCAAGCAAGUAUUGUUUCGGAGCCUCCUAAACCAUUAAUUCUUUCAGAAACUGUAUCAACAGAAACACCAAAGAAUGAACCUGAAUCUCCAAAGGUAGAAGAAGAACCUAAAUCUGAAGAAGUUGAAGAGAAAGAACUUGGAAAAUUGGAUGAACAACAGAACUUGAGAUCUUCUGGAUUAGUUUUCAAUCCAAAUGAUUUCGUUAUUGACUUGAAGCCUAAAUCACCAGAAAAAACGCCAACUCCAGUUUUGUCUCCCGGAGAUAUGGUUGUUGGAGAUGAUUUAGACAGCGAAGAAUCAAAACUAGAAUCAUCAAGAUCAUUAAAGUCAACAGAAUCACUCAAAUUACAAGUUCACGAUUUAGCAAAGAAAUCACUCGAUCAAGCAGUUGAAGAACAAACAUUAGUUAAAGAAGAAGAACAGAAAUUAGAAUCAUCAAGAUCUUUGCAAUCAACAGAAUCACUUAAGCUUCAAGUUCAUGAUUUAGCAAAGAAGUCCCUUGAUGCUGCUGUUGGAGAACAAACAUUAGUUAAAGAAGAAGAAAAAUUACCAAAUCCAAUUGUGCAUAUUGAAGCUCCUGUUAAUAAAGAGGAAGAUGAAAUACCUAAGGCAAAGAUUUCUGCAAGAAGAAGUCCAAAGGCAUCUCCUCGAAAGUCGCCAAGAAUUUCACCAAGAAUUGCUGCUCCAUUAAUGAUAAAUCCAGGUGGAUUGAGGAACAGCAUAGAUAAGCCAAUUCCACCAGAGCCUGCCCCUGCUAAUCCUGAAGUUGCUCAAGCAAGAAACUUCGAAAAUCCGCAACCUCAGCAACAAAUUGUUGCAGACAAUGUUGAAGACAAGCAGGAACCAACAGUUGAUGAACUUCUUAAAGAAGAACCACCUAAGGAAGAAGAAGAGAAACAUGAAGAACCUCCCAAGGAGGAAGAAGAAAAGAAAGAAGAACCUCCUAAGGAAGAAGAAGAGAAGAAGGAAGAGCCACCUAAGGAAGAAGAAGAAAAGAAGGAAGAACCUCCUAAGGAAGAAGAAGAGAAACAUGAAGAGCCACCUAAGGAAGAAGAAGAGAAACAUGAAGAGCCACCUAAGGAAGAAGAAGAGAAGCAUGAAGAGCCACCUAAGGAAGAGGAAGAAGAAGAAGAGAAGAAAGAAGAGCCUCCUAAAGAAGAAGAAGAGAAACAUGAAGAGCCACCUAAGGAAGAAGAAGAGAAGAAGGAAGAACCUCCUAAAGAAGAAGAAGAGAAACAUGAAGAGCCACCUAAAGAAGAAGAGAAGAAGAAGGAAGAGCCACCUAAGGAAGAAGAAGAAAAGAAGGAAGAACCUCCUAAGGAAGAAGAAGAAAAGAAGGAAGAACCUCCUAAGGAAGAAGAAGAGAAACAUGAAGAGCCACCUAAAGAAGAAGAGAAACAUGAAGAGCCACCUAAAGAAGAAGAGAAGAAGAAGGAAGAGCCACCUAAGGAAGAAGAAGAGAAGAAGGAAGAACCUCCUAAGGAAGAAGAAGAGAAGCAUGAAGAGCCACCUAAGGAAGAGGAAGAAGAAGAAGAGAAGAAAGAAGAACCUCCUAAAGAAGAAGAGGAAGAGAAGAAGGAAGAGCCACCUAAGGAAGAAGAAGAGAAACAUGAAGAGGAAGAUAAGAAAGAAGAAGAAGAUAAGAAAGAGGAGGAAGAGGAAGAUAAAAAAGAAGAAGAUAAGAAAGAGGAGGAAGAGAAACAUGAAGAGGAGGAAGAAAAGAAAGAAGAAGAGGAAGAAGAAGAAAAGAAGGAAGAAGAAGAAGACAAGAAAGAAGAGGAAGAGGAAGACAAGAAGGAAGAGGAAGAAGAGGAUAAGAAAGAAGAGGAAGAGAAAAACGAAGAGGAGGAAGAAGAAGACAAAAAUGAGGAAGAGGAUGAUAAUGAAGAAGAAGACAAGAAAAAGUCAAAGAAAUCAAAAUAA